AUGCCCGGAAUAGAUAUCGAAAAUAGCCCCGGUAUGCGUUGGGUGUAUGGCAUUCCGGACAGGUUGGCUAUAAUACUAGCUCGGAUGAAUGGACUACUAGAAGAUUUUGGAUCGAACGUGGAUCACAGGAUAAUCAAAGAGCUUGAAGCUGGUAUCAGUAGCGUCGAGACAGUUGUUUCAGCUCCUGAUGAUUCCAACCUAGAUUUCGGAAGGCUGGUUGUACAGGAGUGUUGGCGGCAAGUGGCAUAUAUCUACCUAUACAUGGGAUUGUGCGGUGCUAAUUCUCAUGAUGUUCGGGUUGUUGAUGCUCAUGCUACAUUUAUGGAUAUGUUUCUGAGAGCCAACCCAGGGAGAACCCCAGACUCGUUCUUGAUUCUUCCUCUUCCAGUUCUAGGAAUCGCUACCCGUCAUCCACAUGACCAGGAGCUACUUAGAAGGCGCAUGUUAGCCUUGCCAGAAUGCUCACGAAGGGGCACCACCGGGAAUCAAUUUAUUCGAAUGUUGGAGGCCAUCUGGGGCUCGAUCAACGACUACCGUUCUCUAACCUUCAACUCUCUCUCAUACAUUCUCAAUCCUUCUACUAUCACUGUCAUCAUGCGCGCCGUUUUCCUCACCGCUGCCGCUUUUUCUGCUCUCUUGACGGCCUUCGCUGCCCCUACCGUUAACGUACCUGUCAGCAAACAUGCUGGCCCAGUCAAGGCUAACUCCUACAUCAUCAAACUUAAGGACGGUGUGUCCAAAGACUCCCACAUUGCCAAAUUGCUCUCUAGCACUUCCGACUCCAAGAUCGAGUACAAGUACGAGCAGGUCUUCCACGGCUAUGCUGCCGAGCUCAAGGGCAAGGAUCUUGACUAUGUACGCCAAUCAAGUGAUGUAGAAUACAUCCUCGAGGAUGGAAUAUUUACGAUCCAAUACGAGGUCGCUGAGACCGUGGGCGAAGUUAGGACAGCCGUUGAACCCGUUGGUCAAUUGUCUAAGCGAGCCAACGGAUCCGGUGUAGAUGUUUACGGCGUUGACACUGGUAUCUACACUGCACACAGCAGCUUCGGCGGCCGUGCUCGCUGGGGCGCUACUUAUGGUGGAUACGCUAACGCUGAUGGAAACGGCCAUGGCACUCACACUGCUGCUACUGCUGUCGGAAAUACCUACGGUGUUGCUACCUCUGCUAAUGUUAUUGCUGUCAAGGUCUUGUCUGAUGCUGGUUCUGGCGCAUACUCUGACAUUAUUUCCGGGGUUAACUACGUUGUUACAUCUGCUGCCUCCUCCGGUCGCCCUUCAAUUGCCACACUCUCGCUUGGCGGAUCAGCUAACUCUGCUCUCGACUCUGCUAUCACCACCGCGAUUGGAAAAGGAAUUCACUUCACUGUCGCCGCCGGCAACUCUAACGUUGAUGCUGCGAACACUAGUCCCGCCCGCGUUGCGGCUGCUAACACAAUCGGUGCGGUCGACUCGAGCAACAGGAAGGCAUCUUUCUCGAACUACGGCCGAGUUUUGGAUGCAUGGGCACUCGGAGUGAAUGUUUUGAGCGCCUGGAUCGGUAGCACCACCGCGACCAACACGAUCAGCGGAACUUCGAUGGCGACACCCUUCGUUGCAGGUGUGUUGGCCGUCGCGAUUGGGGACUAUGGAAACAAGUCGCCCGCUGAGCUUUCGGCCGAUCUCAAGUCUCACGCUCGUGCCGUUGUGACCGGAGCACCUUCCGGAACUACCAACUUGCUCGCGACCAAGUGGUGA